AUGCGUGACAGGAAUACCCGUUCAGGACGAAAUGGCACAGCUUCCGAUCCUUAUGAAAACCCUCUGCGCUCCCCGCGAGUGAUGUCCCCCUCUGGGCUGAAGACUCCACCUUUAGCAUCGAAUAAGCAGAGCAGCCAUAAUAGAAGAUCUUCGAGAGCAAAUCCGCGUGGCUCUGAAGCUAUAGAUGCGGAUGCGCUCACCAAAGCGCUCAAGGAUUUUGAGGACACUGGGAAACAAAGAGACGUCACGCCGACGGCAAGCCCCAGUCGCAAGAGACAGCGAGUGUAUGGAGAUAGAUUCAUUCCAAAUCGUGAAGGUCAGGAUCUUCAAGCAAGCUUCAGCCUACUCCAUGACGAUGGCUCCCCGUCAACGCCGUCUCGAAAACAGAAAAGGGCACCUCAAGGCGAGCUUCACUUUCAAAAAACUGAGGAAGCAAAUCGGACAUUCUCGACACUGCUGCGCUCCGAGUUAUUUGAAUCGACGGUGCCCCAGCCCACACCACCAACCCUCUCACCAGAUCCUACCCUUCCAUCGUCAUCUCAUGCCACGACUAUUAACGACCCAUCUCGCUCACGGACACCUCCAACUCAGUACUCAUCAUCCAUACCUCCGACUUUAACGCCCUCCACUCCACAUAAAAACCUCUUUUCAUACAUGUCACCUCGUCACCAUAACUUAUCCGGCCAUCCUACGCCUACCCGGACACCUCAGAGUCGACAUGGGCCCAAUUUGAAUACCCGUUCCGAAUUGUAUAGCCUCUCGCCCGUUCGCUUAGAAAACCAACGGAUGCUUCUUAGUCCUCGCAAGCAGCCCCGGGCUGUCAGUAAAGUUCCGUAUAAGGUUCUGGACGCGCCUGAUUUGGCGGAUGACUUUUAUCUCAACUUGGUCGAUUGGGGAAGCAGUAAUGUUCUUGGGGUUGGUCUGGGAAGCUGUGUGUAUAUGUGGAAUGCUCAGUCUGGACGAGUAACGAAGCUUUGUGAAUUGCAAGGUGAUACGGUCACUAGCGUUAGCUGGAUCCAGCGGGGCUCCCAUAUAUCCAUCGGCACCAAUAAUGGUCUUGUGCAGAUCUGGGACGCUGAACGCUGCAGGCGACUGCGAACCAUGACUGGCCAUUCCGCACGUGUGGGCGCGCUCGCCUGGAAUGAGCACAUCCUGACUUCAGGGUCCAGGGAUCGUACCAUCUAUCAUCGAGAUGUGCGGUCGCCCACUCAGCAUCUCAGAAAAUUGGUUGGCCACAAGCAGGAAGUGUGCGGGUUGAAAUGGAACACUGAAGACGGACAGCUUGCAAGCGGUGGGAAUGACAAUAAGCUCAUGGUUUGGGAUAAGCUUUCUGAGCAACCCUUGUACAAAUUUAGCGAGCAUACCGCCGCUGUCAAGGCCAUUGCUUGGUCUCCACAUCAACAUGGUCUUCUCGCCUCUGGUGGAGGCACUGCGGAUCGACGCAUCAAGUUUUGGAAUACCAUGACGGGACAGAUGGUCCAAGAAGUCGACACUGGCUCACAAGUCUGCAAUCUUGCCUGGUCGAAAAAUAGUAACGAGCUCGUCAGCACCCAUGGCUAUAGUCAGAACCAAAUUGUGGUGUGGAAAUAUCCAAGCAUGACGCAAGUUGCAAGUCUCACUGGCCAUACGUAUCGUGUCCUAUACCUUGCCAUGAGCCCCGACGGCCAAGUCAUUGUGACGGGUGCUGGCGACGAAACGUUGCGCUUCUGGAACUGCUUCCGGAAAAAGGGCGGUGAUUCUAGUAGCGGCAGCAAACUAGAGCCUUGGGGAAUGAUUCGAUGA